CUUACCUCGAAGAGCGCCAGACUGAUGUUCGAUUCGAGUCAUUGCUUCGCUUUGCAGUAUUUUUGAAGGCACUGUCUGAGUUUCGUACAUUGAAACGUGCGAAACCUGCUGCCUGACCGGUUCCGGCGAUGCGUGUCUUGUUCGUGAAAGCUUGGGGUCUGUCUCAGUCGAGCUCUCCAAGUGUUUACAACUCUCCAACUCCAUAAAAUCGUCAUCGCUCUUUCCCAAUUCACCAGAGCAACUUACACUUCUCCUGUCCAUCACUCUCCACCUCAAUACAGGACAACAUUUACAUUAUUCAGUAAAGUCGCCGACAUGGAUUACAUACAAGACUGGGCAGGCUACCUCUUUCGCAAUGGCUAUCUCACCCCUGGCCUCUUUGGUCCCGUGUCCACUCUGAACAACAUCUACCACAAAUCUCUCCUCCCCACCUUCCAGUCGCUGCUCGAGAAGCCCGACCUCACCAAGAUUGCCCUGAUGCUGCUCAUCCUCUACAUCUCACUCAAACUCGUCAACAUGCUGGUCCAAAGCGUGCUCUUCUGGGUGCGACUCGCUUUCCGCAUCACUUUCUGGGGCGGUCUCGUUGUUCUGGCAUUCUGGCUAUCGCAAAGAGGCGUUGAUGGCGCGGCAGAAGAUGUGGGCUAUUGGAUCAGGCUGUGGAAGGGCGAGCUGGAACACUACAAGAGCCAGGCCGAACAGAUUGCACAACAACACAACCAUGGUUAUGGUGGCAAAAGUGGAUAUGGCGGUGGAUACAAACCCGCUGCUCCGAAGAAACAGUGGCCUUUCUGAAGGAGUGGAUGCGACAAAAUACAUCACAGCAUAUUGCAGGAGUUUUACGGCCGGACAAGACUGGGUUCAUCAAACUUCUAGGCUAGCGCCAUGGAGUUAUAGGAAGAUUGGAAGAGCAGAUUGCCAGCAUCAUUUUUGACACCUCUUCAUAAACAAGAUAUCAACACUUUCGUCCUUCUCUCGCGAUCGUGUGCAGAGACACGUGGACUGAAGAGAUGCCCAAGCAAUCGAAGUGACUAAUAAUGUCUUGUGACAUAAAGCUAGUUGAUGUGCUCUCGUUGGGCACAACCUCUGAAUAUUGAGUCUGCCUUUCAUGUCGAUUUUCGUAUUUCUGAGAAGUAAGUGUUCCUCAGUUUCGAUACACAAGUACUCGUCAAUUUAAGUGUCGUCC